GCUAGGGUUCUCCUACACUGCACGCGGCGGAUAACCGGAAGGAAUCGCGAAUCGCAAGGCAAAAAAGCACCCCUCCAUAUGCCCCGCUGUCCUAUCCGCUCGCCAGUCGCCACCUCCGUUUCGGCAUUUUUUUCCCACUCCCACCCACUCCCCCGUCUUCCUCCUCCCGACACACCUCUUUAACUCGCGUCGGCUUCCAAAAAAUGCUCCAGCUAUAAUUUAAUCCAGACGAGGAAUCGCCUCGCCCGGGAUCUCUCCCCCCCCGCGAAUCCCCAGGCCCGCUCGCCGACAGGACCCCGCGAUCGGCUCCAGCGUGAGCUUGACUUGCGUUGCGGCGGGGACGUCGCCGACGCUCGGCACGGGGCUCGUCGGUUCGGCGGUCGCUUUAGGCUCGGGCCCCGUCGAGGCCAGCGGUGCCGGGGCAAUGCGGUCAGUUCGUGGAGCUGUUUGAGGCGCUUGGCUGGGAUCUGAGGGUGCCAGCGUGCCAGGUAGGGGAAGCAAGCGAGCUCUCUGUCGGUGGGGGAGCUGCUGGUGGUUGUAAGUGUAGAGCGCGCGUUUGGCUGACAGAAUGGAGCACGUAGUCGGGGGCAAGUUCAAGCUCGGGAAGAAGAUCGGGAGUGGAUCAUUUGGGGAACUUUACCUCGCCGUGAACGUGCAGAAUGGCGAGGAGGUGGCUGUCAAACUGGAAUCAGUCACAUCACGACAUCCACAGCUUCACUAUGAAUCAAAACUAUACAUGCUUUUGCAGGGUGGAACUGGGAUUCCACAUCUUAAGUGGUUCGGGGUGGAGGGGCAGUACAAUGUCAUGGUGAUUGAUCUGCUUGGUCCAAGUCUGGAGGACUUAUUUAACUACUGCAGCAGAAAGUUCUCCCUUAAAACAGUACUAAUGCUUGCUGAUCAGAUGAUCAGUAGAGUAGAAUACAUGCACACAAGGGGGUUUCUACAUCGUGACAUCAAGCCUGAUAAUUUUCUCAUGGGUUUAGGACGUAAAGCAAACCAGGUAUUUGUCAUCGACUAUGGCCUUGCGAAGAAGUAUCGAGAUCUCCAAACUCAUAAGCACAUACCAUACAGGGAAAACAAAAAUCUCACAGGAACAGCACGAUAUGCCAGUGUAAAUACCCAUCUUGGAGUUGAGCAAAGCAGAAGAGAUGAUCUGGAAUCUCUUGGUUAUGUGCUCAUGUAUUUCUUAAGAGGAAGUCUCCCUUGGCAAGGCCUGAAAGCUGGCACAAAGAAGCAGAAGUAUGAUAGGAUCAGUGAAAAGAAAAUGCUGACGCCAGUUGAGGUCCUCUGUAAAUCAUAUCCAUCAGAGUUUACUGCAUACUUUCAUUACUGUAGAUCACUACGAUUCGAAGAUAAACCAGAUUACUCCUAUUUGAAGAGACUCUUCCGUGACUUAUUUAUCCGCGAGGGGUACCAACUAGAUUAUGUAUUUGACUGGACCAUUAUGAAAUAUCCUCAGUUUAGAGAUAAAAGCAAAAUUCAGUCUAGCGGCAAGAUGAGUGGGUUGGCAGGCCCUUCUGCAGAAAGGACUGAUAGAACUGCAGCUGAAGCUUUGUUUAGAAGGACUGGAUCUGGUUCUGGUCACAAUCGAGAGCACACCAAGCACAGAAGUCUUCUGGAGUCACUGAUGCCAUCCAAGGCUGUUGAUUCGGAUAAAGCAAGGCCACAAUCAUCGUCGCGCAACGGGAGCACAUCAAGAAGAGCUGUCAUUUCAUCAAGCAAACCAAGCUCUUCUGGGGAUCUAAGCGACCCGAACCGCUUGGGGGGCCGCCUGGCCCCUAGUAGCAGCAGCCGCCCACCGACUGCCCAAAGGGAGAUCAGAUCCUCGUCUUUGUCAAAAAUCGGAAGGUCUUCACAUGACGACGCUAUCAGGAACCUCGAGCUGCUCUCACUUGGUGCUGACAAGAGAAAAUAAGGGAACCGACGAAAUGGGCUAGGGUCUGGACUCUGGAUGAUGACGAUGCAGGGCUGAGCAGGCAGCUCCAUUAUCUGUAUGUUGAAAAUAUUCUUUUCGGAAUAAAAGAGAUUAUAUAACUUAUGGGAUUGUUUCCCGGAGCUGUGCUGCUCCAAUCCAAUAACCCGCAAGAGUUACGUAGCAAAGCUAAA